AUGGCGGAACUCGUCCACUUGCUCCCGAAGGCGCCGCAAAUAAGGGAUGUAUCCGACUUCGGAGCCAUGAGAUCUGCAGCUUUCCUCAGAUCGGGGGGAAUGAAGCCACAUAUAUUUCUCAGACAGCGCGAUAUGCCAUUAGAUUUGGGAGACGACGAUUUUUCAACACAAGGAUAUGAUGACCUCGAAAUAAAUUCUGGUGAUGACACCAACAAGCACAUGCACGACGAACACACUGCAGCGCCUGCCGACGUAGACAUCACACCUUUGGGUCAGUCUGACUUAAACAAACAACCGAAGGUUGCGCCUAUUAAACAACAAAGUCAACAAGUUGGGGAUGAGAUCAGGCGCAAUGAUUUAACAGCUCCAUCUGCAGAUGUGACGCGUAACGAUGAAGCGCAAAAUGUUGACGUAGACCUGAAUGAUCUUGAAGCCAACGGAAAUGCGGCAACAAAUGCUAUGCCCAAACAUGGAAAGGGAAAUGAAAAUAUCCACAUAUCUAGAUCGGCGACAGAGCCUACUAAGGAAAUUGUUGGCACCGCUGAUAGUGUAUCUCCACAACCAGAUGUCGCCGCUUCGGUGGAACCUAGUAACGAAGCCAGCACCGAAGACAACAAAAUGGAUUCGUUUUACGACAGGUUGCCGCUGGUGCCACACCUGGGAGAGACCGAAGGUGAGGCGGAAGAAGUUGCAAAAGAGGAACUGCCACCGGAAACACACGAUCUCACACCGGAAGGCAUCUCGGAGGUUGUCGCAAUUUACAAAAUACAAAAGCGACCGCUCAAAAUGGCAGCGGCGGGGCUUAUAACCAUGGCUCUUCUGUUUAACAUAUACUGCUACUGGGUGGCGGUAACCUUUGUGCUCAACAAGUGCACAUGCCUCGACGAGCUGGUGUCCCACCCAGAACAGUUCACGCCACUCAUCGACUGA